AUGGUUAUCAUUUGUAAAACAAUUCAAACAUUGAGAGAUGAGAUUAAAUUGAAAAAGAAAACGAUUAGAGCGUCGACCGGUAAGGAUGAACCGACUGUCGGAUUCGUUCCGACAAUGGGAUACUUGCAUCGCGGACACAUUUCGUUGGUCGAGCAAGCGAGAGCAGCCAACGAUAUAGUAGUAGCAUCGAUCUUUGUCAAUCCAACACAGUUUGCGCCACACGAAGAUCUGGCGAGCUAUCCCGUCGACAUCGAGUCGGAUGUGCGUCUUCUGACCGCUGCCAACGCCGACAUUCUAUUCCUGCCAUCAGUUGCCGAGAUGUACGGAACCGACGCAUCCACUUUUGUCGAGGUGACAUCGAUGGCACCGGUACUGGAGAGCGUUGCACGACCCGGACACUUCCGUGGUGUCGCCACUGUCGUCACCAAGCUGCUCAACAUCGUUUCGCCCGACGUCAUGUACAUCGGUCAGAAAGACGCAAUGCAAUGCGUUUGUCUGAGAAAGAUGGUACGCGAUCUCGCUUUCAAUACGCUGGUUGUCGUUGGCGACACCGUUAGAGAAUCGAACGGCUUGGCAAUGUCAAGUAGAAACAGCUAUCUCACACCGGAGGAACGUGAAGAAGCAGCACUCAUCUAUCGUGAGAUGACCAACAUGAAACAACACUAUCAGACCACCACCAGACAGGCGCUGGCCGACCUACUAAAAGACACACUGGAAUCCGGUUGCUCAAAGAUGAAAGUAGAUUAUAUCAGUUUGGCAAACGGUGACACCGGUAUAGAACUAGAGAACGACAGCGUCAUACCAAACGGUGCCAUCUUAUCAUUAGCUGUAUUCUUCCACGGUGCAAAUAGAAAAACAAGAUUAAUCGAUGUAAUCAUAUUAAAUUAA